CGUUUCUUUUUCUCGUUGAGUGCAACUGUUCUAGAAUUUGUGUAACAGUCUAAGAUUAUUACUCUUUAGUCUUUACAUACCAAUGGAAGAAGCAGAAGCAUUGCCUGGGAAUGCUUCUGGCAAUGAGAGCGAUGUUUCCUCUGUCACGAGCAAUCUCCAUGAUGAUGAGAUUAUCCCUUGGUUUUUUUCAAGAGAAGAUAUCGAAAAAAACUCACCGUCAAGGCGAGAUGGUAUUGAUUUGAACAAGGAAACUCGCCUACGCCACUCGUACUGUACAUUUUUGGAAAAUCUCGGCAAAAGAUUGAAAGUUCCCCAGGUAACGAUAGCCACUGCUAUAGUAUUCUGUCACCGAUUCUUCGUUCGUCAAUCUCACGCAAAGAAUGACAGUCGGACGAUUGCAACAGUCUGCAUGCUCCUAGCUGGUAAGGUUGAGGAAACUCCAGUGCCAUUAAAAGACGUUAUUAUUGCCUCUUAUGAGAGAAUGCACAAGAACGAUCUUGCUGGUGCUCAGAGAAAGGAAGUAUAUGAGCAACAGAAAGAGCUUGUAUUAAUCGCAGAGGAGCUUGUUCUUUCUACAUUGAACUUUGAUCUCUUUAUUCACCACCCUUAUAAACCUCUUGUAGAAGCAAUUAAGAAAUAUAUGGUUGAAGAUGCUAAGCCCCGACUUGCCCAAUUUGCAUGGAAUUUUGUCAACGAUUGUCUGCGAACGACACUCUGCCUGCAGUAUAAGCCUCAUCACAUAGCGGCAGGUGCUCUUCUCCUUGCUGCUGAGAUGCUAGCAGUGGACUUACAAUCUUACGGAGAGGUCUUGUGUCAAGAGUUUGAUAUCACACCUUGUCAGUUAGAGGAUAUCCGAGGCCAAAUACUUGAGCUUUAUGAGAGAAAGCAUAUUCCUACAUCUCAAGAAAGCAUAGUUGAAAGUAGUGGUGGUGUAGCCGUAGUGCAUCAACCUAUAUCCAGAGAUAUGGCUUCCACAGAGAAGUGUGCAAGUUCUGAUACUGAAGGAGGCUCAUCGCAAGUCAAUCUAAGCCAGAGCGAUGAUCAUUCAGUCCACGAUGGGUCUAGGCCUGAAGGAAUUGGAGAGGAGAACUCAGAUAGUGAAGCUGAAAAGAAUCGAGAUGACCAUUCUGUUGGUACUAUAAUGGUUGAGACAAGUGAUGGUGUUGGGGUCAUCCAAUUGGAGAAAGACUUGCAACUGCAUCAAAAGGAGGUGGAGGCUAAACAAGAAAAAGAGAAGAAGUCAUUUGACAAAGAUACAACGAAAAAGGACUUGAUGGAUGAGAAGGAUUUGACUGAAAGAGAAGUAAAAGAUGAGGAAUUGCGCGAUGAGGAUAACAAAACAACGCAGACGAGAAGACAAAGCUUUAUGAAAGUCAGAAGACCCUGAUGACAACACAAGUGUCGAACACAGUGAGAUUCUAGAUGCAAACCACUCAGCUGUUGAUGGUGAAUUGGUGCCUGAUACUUCCCUGAUAAAUGACAGUGAUUUGA